AUGGAACACAAUCAAACAAAAGACGUCAACAAAAUCAACACAAACCUUAUAAAACCUCAAGUCAUGCAACGGCUCACAACAGAGGAUGAAUACUGGGGGCGCCUGAUUCUAUGUAGAGUGAGCCUACCCGACGUUGACGGCUAUAAGGAUUGUCCUUGGGACGCCAUUCGGGAAGCCACCGUCGUG